AUGAGUGACGGAUUGACAACUCCAAAAACUCCCGACUUUCAAGUUCAAGUAAUGAUCAAAACGUUGCGGCAGUUGGGGUAUGACAGACUAUCUUCAGAUUUACUUCACGAGUACAGGACACAGGUGCAAACGGACAAUGCACUGGACAUACCUGUGCUUCUUAGCUGGUUUCAUAACGCGUUACGCACCAACAACUAUCGAACGGUUGAAGACUACCUUGCCCUGAUUUCACAAACUGGACACGAGGAGUUUAUCCACAUCACAAACUACACUGGCGAAGAUCACAAGUCAGUGGUAAACUCUGUGUUGUACAUGGUGCGCAGAAUGGACUACUGGUGUAACCACAAAGGGGACAGCGAGUAUUCGUAUUUGUGGGAUAAAUUGCUACCGUUGUUGGAUGAGAUUAAUAUUGAUUCUAUACGAGAAUUGUACGACGCUCAAAUACUAGAUCAGUUGAAAUAUGAAAACGAAGCAGAAGUGCUCACAAAUGAGGGCACGCCACUACACAAGGCAUUUUUUAACUUGCCUGGCGCUGGACUGAAUAUUCAAGAAGUGCAAGAUGCCGUGUUCAAAAAAGUGUUCAAGAACUCACACCUUGUCUUCAACUCGCCUACGCAUGUGCCAUCACUCUCCACCAUCAUUGAUCAAGCAGUGAAAUAUCAGCAACUGCAAUCACCCUUCUACCUCCCACCAAGAACCAAACACGAUUGGAGAAAGUCCUUGUCGGCGCAAAAUCCAAAUCCAAGCCCAACCACAAAUAAUUUCAAUUGUGAUCAACUCCACUGCACAUUAACAGACCAUUUGGACGAAGUGUGGUUCUUAAAAUUUUCCCCAUCGGGUAAGUACCUCGUCACUGGAUCCCUCGAUGGUCGAUUAAUCUUGUACAAUGUGCAUGAAAAUUUCCAGCGUAUCAAGAUAAUGGAACCUACAAACGCAGCCGAUUCAGCAGCAUUUGCACCCUUUUCAGUAAAACCAUCAAGCGGGAAAACUAAAGCUGUGAUUUAUUGCUGUUGGGACCCCAAGGAACAGUACUUGGUUAGCUGUUGUUUGGAUACUGUGGUUCGUAUCUGGUCCAUUGGCGAUAUUGAUCGCAAACGCAUCACUAGAAGCGAAGCAAACACAAGCCACGAAAUCAAGUUGAUGACUUGUUUUACAUUGGGCCAGGAUAUCAAGACUUGGUCGUGUGAGUUUUUACCUUACAGAAAGGAAACUUCAUUUAGUUCGUCUACGCCCCAAUUUGUUAUUGGAUCACCUGAUAAAGCAUUGAAAGUGUUUGAUUGCUACGGAGUAGAGGUUUUUGACUUUUAUGGCAACUUGGAAGGCGACGAUGAAGAAAAGAGACAAAAUCAAGGACAUCGUUCGGGAGUGCUUGACCCUUAUACUUCGAGCGCCACCACUAGUCCUAGCAGCUCACGUCGUACUCACGACAUCACUAAUAACACCGACGGCGAAGCGGUGAUUGAAGAUGCAAAUGAUGUCAACGAUGAAGACGAGGAUGAGGAUGAAGAUGUUGAUGACAUACAUAAUGAUGAAGACCAUGAUGAUGGCAACAGAAAAGAUGACAUCUCCAUGAAAGAAGCGGAUGCUAAAUCCACAUUCACCGAGAGUGCAUUCAACAGAAUCAAUGAUUUGGCCAUUACGCCAGAUGGUAAAUUUCUCAUCACUGCAAACAACGAUAAGAAGCUUUUGUUUUAUCGCAUUCCUGAUGUAUUCAACGACGAAGCAACAACAAAAAGGUUAGCAUGCAUCAAUUUACGUGGAAGACUAACGUCGUGCUCAGUGUCAUCUAAUGGCAAAUAUGUCUUGAUCAAUUCAGCUCCCGAGGAGUUACAAGUUUGGGACAUUUCACCCUUGUUGCAUCAUAACCCGCCAAUUUUGUACAGAAAAUACAUUGGACACAGUCAAAGCACCUACAUUGUGCGUAGUUCGUUUGGCUACUUGAAUGAAGAGACUGGUGAAGAGGAGUUGGUCUUGAGUGGUUCUGAUGACGGGUAUGUGUACUUUUGGCAUUUGCACACGGGUCAGCUCAUUACGCGCAUCAAGGCACAUAUUGAUCUAUGCAAUGCGGUGGAUUGGAACUUACGCGGGCUGGUGGUGAGAAACAACGAUUACGGAAAGAUGUGGGGAAGCGUGGGUGAUGAUAAGUUAGUCAAAAUUUGGGGAGCUUGA